GUGUUGGAUGCUCGGAAGGUUGAGUGUGGCUGUGGGCCAAUUAAACUGCUCCUCAUAAUGCUCUUUCCAGCGAUCCAGUCGUCUAUCCUGGAAGCUAAUUAUAGUGCCAUUUUUUUCCGAGAUUGUUUCACUAAUGAUUUGUCUUCUCCCACCCGUUUCCCUGAUGAGUCUAAAUAGUUGCCUAUCUUCGAAGCUUUCUCCAUCUCUUUGGCUUUUGUCACCCACCACUGUUCACGGUCCUUGCGGAGACUUUUCGUAAGUUUCCUUUUGUAGCAAAGACCUCAUGGCAAUGGAGAUGCUGAACAAGUUUUUGCGACUCUUCACGGAAAUUAUCAAACGGACUGCAGAAAUGCACUUCUGAGAGAAAUAUUCGGAUGCAGAAGUGUUUUGGCAGGAUCUUAAUCACAUUUGUUCAAACCCACCUACACUAAGUUAACACGCCCUCAGCGACGUAGACGCCAUCCAUUUGCCACUAUCAUAAUCUCACCUUCUUUAUGAAUUAUCUACUAAUGAAAUAGCAGUACUCGGGAUCCAUAUCACUACUCUUAUUAAGGUUGAAGCUGAUGGUGAAUAGAGUUAAUUAGGAGUCAAGUUUUUAACCACCGAAAUGGCUCUCCCUUCAUACCCUGGAGAAUAUGCAAAUGUAUCACCACCUUCAUUUUCAAUGCAAAUUUUAGCUUUGUGCUAAAUACUUACGAUCACAAAGGCUUCAUAACACUUUGCAGAAGUGUAUAUGUACUCACCAUCCCGCCCACAUCACAUUAUAACAUUGAAUUCUUUAUUUUAGUAUUUAUUGUAACCUUCCCUGCUUACUUUGGUUUUCUGCUCUUUUUGAUUAUUGAAGUUGGAAUGGUUCUAUUUCUAUGGACAGUAGCAUUAUGUUCUCACAUUCAAAACAUGUAGCUGUUUUUACUUUAAAAUGAGUUCUGACACAUACUAGUCAGUAGUAUAGCAAUAGCGUUACGCAUAAAAUUAAUAUGCAGACAUUAGUUACUAAACAAGAUAGUUGACUGUUUCCCCUGAAUGCCUCAUUAGACGGAAAAUACAUCAUAUAAAAGGCCUUAGUGUUUCCAGAGAAUUACGACAGUUCUACAAGAGAAUAUCUUACUUAGAAAAGUAUUACUUAUGCAUUAAAUUCCUCGUUCAUAUUCAUAUGAAGGUACUGAGUUAACUUACAACCUUUGCCCAUACAUCUUUAGUACUUCUCACUCUUUGGUUCAUUCUUCGUAAUAAUCUCUAGUGUUAGUGUUGGGUAAUUUUUCUACUUGAGGUGUACGUCUUAAUCACAGUGCCCAAGUUCCAUCCCCGUAAAAGUUAUGUCUCCCUAAGUUAAGAUUUUUAUUGAUCAUUAUUCAAAUAUGUGUUUUAUACCGUAAAGUGAUUUUGUUAGAACGUAAACAAGUUAAAUGCAUAGAUGGACGUUAUUGCCACCACCUUUCAAUUAAAUUUCGAGCGUUUAUUUACUAAGAAAGACUCUUCGUUACGCAGUGUAGUUUCUAUCUAAACCUUACGGUUUUCAUCAUUUAGAAUUCCUCCUGAUCAAAAUGACGUAUCAUGAAAUGUACAGAAGUACUACACUGGGGACUACUCUCAGAGAGGCGUUAGAUGAGAUGUUGGCGCAUCACCUACUACAACCUGGUAUGGAUAGUAAAGUGAUGAAAAAAUUUGACCAGUGUAUUAGUAAUGCUUUGGCGAAACGUGUUAAGAAUCGUCUGUCUCUUCGCGGUCAUUUGAAUACCUACAGAAACUGUGAUAAUGUAUGGACACUAGUAAUGAACGAUGUAGAAAUAAAGGACUCAUCUGCUAUUAUGACUGUUGAUAAAAUAAAAAUUGUUGCAUGCGAAGGAAAGAAUGCAAAGCCCGCAUCUUCAAAACUAGGCACCACUUCAGCGAAUGAUCGUUUGAGAACUGCUGGCGUCAGUGGAGAAGAUAGUGAACAACGUGAAGCAUUUGGUUCCGGAGAUGAAAUGGAAUGA